AAGAAAAAAAGUUAGUCCCGUGUGCCGGAUUAAAGAAAAGCGGUGAAAAAAUCUUUCACAAGAUUUCAAUAAAAUUUAAAUAAAUAAACUCUUGAAUCCUGAAUCUCUAAAACAAAUAAUUUUUUUCUAAUGGCUUCCGGAGUAACUGUCUCAGAUAUUUGUAAAACCACUUAUGAAGAAAUCAAAAAGGAUAAAAAGCAUCGUUAUGUAAUCUUUUAUAUUCGAGAUGAAAAACAAAUUGAUGUCGAAGUAAUAGGCGAUCGAAAUGCAGAAUAUGACCAAUUUUUGGAAGAUAUCCAAAAAGGAGGAUCUGGAGAAUGCCGCUAUGGUCUUUUUGAUUUCGAGUACAUGCAUCAAUGUCAAGGGACAUCAGAAAGCUCCAAGAAGCAAAAACUAUUUUUGAUGUCAUGGUGCCCAGAUACUGCCAAGGUCAAAAAGAAGAUGUUAUACUCGAGUUCUUUUGAUGCGCUGAAGAAAUCAUUAGUAGGUGUACAAAAAUAUAUUCAAGCGACAGAUCUUUCAGAAGCAUCACGCGAAGCAGUUGAAGAAAAAUUACGCGCCACUGAUCGCCAAUAAACAUUACAGCUCAAACGAAUAUGGAACAAUUUCCACCAUAUCAGCUCAAAUUAAACUUCGUUUUUAAAAUCUUUUAUCUCUUUUUACUUCAAAAUAAUUAAAUUCGAUUUUUAAAAUUCACAACAAAAUCAUAAAAUUUGUCCUCACAUGAGUUUUUUUGAAACUUUAUUUAGGUAAACUGAAAUGAAAGAUAAUUGAUUAAAGAAAAGCAUUUUAAUGGAUUUUGAUAUCUAAAAUA